AUGUCUUCCUACGACCCCGACGCCUUCGUCGUCGACCUUUCCCCGGCCCCUCUCCCGCCCCUCCUCACAUUCGCCAAUCUCAACAUUCCACCGAAUGAAAUCCAUCGACGCGCCUACGCCCUCGCCCUCGCUCUCGAACGACUCCCCUCAUGGCCCGUCUCACCUCCAACGAGCAAAAUCAUGCCGCGCUGGCCGACGGGGAAGAUGACGCCGGAAGUAGCGGGACGGUUGUUGGGCUAUUUGUUGGUCGAGGCGCCGACGGAGGGCGGGGCGGAUGGGAUUGCAAGGGAGAUCAUGGGAGGUCGCGACGAGAGUGUUCUAGAGGAGGAUGCGGAUGCGGUAGAGCGCAUGGCAGUUGUGGCGCUCAAGUACGCGCUGGUGUUCUUCAAGCAUUUUAUGCAGCUCUCGUCCAAAUACCCUCCUCAAGACGCAGACGACUCGUCCUCCUCCUCCUCCUCCUCCGAUUCGGACUACACAAAGCUUCAAGCCGCGGCCCUCCACCGCGACGCCAACACCUGCACCCUAACCCGCUCCACCGACGCAGACUACUACGAGUCCCUCCCGCCCUCCGCACGCAAAUCGUCCAUAUCGAACGUCGCGCAGUGCCAGCUUUUACAUCUCGUCCCGCGCAGCCUUGUCAAAGAUGAAAGGGCCGUGCGGAUGCUGCGUGCGUGGGCGGGGAUCGACGUGGAUACGGAUAAGGAUGGGCUGAGAGGCUGUGCGGGCGAGAGGCUGGAGAAUGUGCUGACGACGAGCGCGAGCACGGCGCGGAAUUUCGAGCGGAUGCGGAUCUGGCUCACACACGUCCAGGGCGACACCUACCGCGUCGAAGCCACAUCCCGCCCCUUCCUGCGCGACGUCCCGCUCAACCCGCUCACCCUCUCCUCCUCCUCCUCUUCUUCUUCCCCCUCCUCUUCGUCCUCGCCGUCUCUACCGCUCCCGAAUCCUGUGUAUAUCGGCUUGCGCCGGGCGUGUACGCGCGUACUAAGACUUUCGGGCGCGGCGGCGUACAUCGACGACGUUCUGCGGCGGGAGGAGGAGUCUGGAGCGCCGGGGUACGAGGGGUGGAGAGGGAGAGGGGGAGGGGUCGUUGAUUCGGAGGAGGCGUUGGAUCAUCUUGACACGUUGCUGUUCAUGUAUGCUUGUGGCUGUGGGGAAGAUACGGAUGUAUAUUGA